CAGCAUUGCCUCGUGGUUCUCGACCCAGACAGGUACUUGUGCGGUCUCCGCUGUCACUUGUAAGCCCCCUUAUACCCCCCUUAUACCCCCUCCGAUCUUUUCUUCUAUAUGCUUCAUGAGUCCCCCUCCUUUCCAAUGGCUGUGACAGGAAACGCGCAUUCACGCGAUCCCACUUCCAACCCCAUCCGCACUCACCUAAUCUUCUUGCUUGCGCGGAUGCUGUUCGAUCCCACCAUCUCCUCACCACAACACCAACUGCGCUGGAUUCCGCAUACAUAUACACAUCGGAAUCUGUCUGCUCAUUCUAUGCGCCAUUAGUGCCAUGCGCAGGACCAACAGAUGUCUUACACGAUCGGCCGCUCUUUCUAAAACACCACACUUCGAUCUUUCCCUUCCGCCACCACAAUGGCACCCCAAUCGCAUCCCCAAGCGCAAUUUGUGCCUAUACCGCCCGACUUCGAUCUUGCCGCCUUGGUAGAUGUUACUCCCAAUUUCGACUAUGUAACAAGGCUGUCGGUGGAACAAUUAAAGUUGCAUACCAUCCAGAGUUUCGAGGCCUUGGUUGUUGCGCUGGUCAUUCAGAGCGGCAAGCCUCUAAUUAUUGAGGAUUAUGGAAGCGCUUUGCCCCCGGAUUUAUUUGGUCGAACAUGGCUCGAGUCAAAUCUAGGCACAAAACGUGAAGUACUCCCAGGGUGAUGUGUUUCAACCCCUACUAACGUUGGUUAUUCACAGCUGAGCGAGUUCGCGACAUUCAAAAUGCAGUUGAUAUACCAAUGAGCAUGGGACAUUACCUGCGAAAUAUGAAGCAACUUACGGACCAGUUCUCUCCUUCCAACUACCGCGAUCCCAAGAGACAACGGUUAUAUUUAAAAGAUAUCGACUGUCCCAAUGAAUGGGCCAACCAUUUACAGAAAACAAUCCCUGAAUCGGUCUAUUACCUCAACGAGUGUAUUGAAUCGAGGACCGGGGGGGAUGGUGCAAUCCGUGAGCCAAACGAGUACGGUCAGAUGCGAUAUGGAAAAGGUGUUGCGCCUGCCGGGGAUCUGAUGAGCAGCCUUCCACCUGAAAUGCGCGCGCAAAAUAUGAUGUGCUAUAUUGGCCAUGAAGGAACCUACACACCAGCCCAUCGAGAAAUGUGCGCUAGUCUUGGGCAGAAUAUUAUGGUCGAAGCUUCAGAGGAUGGCUUUGGAGAAAAAGCUGGCAGCUCGAUCUGGUUUAUGACGGAAACGAAAGAACGCGAGGUAGUUUCCGAAUAUUUCUUGUCCAUGCUUGGACAUGAUAUUGAAGUUGAGAAGCAUUUUGCACAGCUAAAUGCAUGGAAGAGGGCGCCGUUCAACGUCUGGGUUGUUGAACAGAGAGUUGGUGACCUGAUUCUGAUCCCGCCGCUAGCCCCCCACCAAGUCUGGAAUCGUGGUACUCGAACUAUGAAGGUUGCCUGGAAUAGAACCACUGUGGACACCCUCGAACUAGCCAUACACGAAGCUCUUCCACGUGCAAUAAUGGUGUGCCGAGAUGAGCAAUACAAAAACAAGGCAAUCAUCUACUACACGCUUGUAAAGUAUUACGAUUUGCUACAACGAGACACCAUUGAGCCGAAAAUGUGGAAAUAUGGUCGUAUAAAGCAAGUUCUGGAUGACUUCAAGCGAUUGUUUCUUCUUUAUGGAGAGAUAUUGGUCAGCGAGAUGUUUUCUCCCAAACGACAAGAAGAAAGCGUGGAGAUGCUUCCUUACGACUCCAAUGUCACAUGCUCAUACUGUAGAUGCAAUAUUUUCAAUCGAUUUCUCACUUGCAAGUCAUGCAUCGAGUAUGGACCCAACGGCGAGGAAGAUACAUACGACAUAUGUAUGGACUGUUACGCCAUGGGUCGUUCAUGUGCUUGUAUUUCUAAUCUCACGUGGGUUAAGCAAUGGAACUGGGACCAGUUAGUGCAAAACUAUGAGAAAUGGCGAAAUAUCGUAGUCCAAGCGGAUGGAUUUUUCGAUGUUCAGAGAUCUCCACAGCCACUCGACACAGCUAGGAAACGUUAUGGUAGAAAGCCAAUUGCUGAAGUCUGCCAAGAGCAGUUGGCAGCCAGACCUUGGAACGAUAUCAAAAACCCAACAAUUCGGGAGCCCUCUCCAGGACUGUCGGAUGUUGAGCCUGAGGUUGAUGAUGAAGGACGACCAAAAAAUAAAAAGAGAAGUAAAUUUACCAAGCGUAAGGUUAUUGCUCAAAAGAACAAAACCCAUUCAUGCCACAUUUGCUUUCACCACGAGUGGAAAUGGAAAUUGGCCUUUUGCACUACUUGCAAAAAUGCCUACUGUUACGGUGUACUUUGGCGCGCAUUCGAUUUGAUGCCACAGACCGUGAUGGAGGAUAAAGAAUGGAGCUGUCCAAAGUGUUUGAAGAUUUGCUCGUGUGGAAAAUGCAGGAAAUCUGGUACACAAAAACCAUAUGCUCCGAAAGGAACAUUGCUGGGCCACGACACAAAACUCGUUGCGGAUUUUAGGAGCGUUGAAAGUCUGGUCGAUUUUUCCAAGACAAACCUCUCUUGGCUACGAGCGGAGGGCGACGACAACCCCAAAGAAUCUCAAAGAAUGUUGAAAUUAAAGGAGAAGGCUGAGGCUGACAAAGCUCGAGUGGAUACAGUUAACGAAAGCUAUAUGGACGAUGGCGCCCAAGACCCUUUCAUUGGAGCUCCCUCGGCCGAGAAUCAUGACGGGAUUGACGAUAUGACCAACAUGAAUGGCAUAGACCCCGCACUGGCUAGUAUGGAUGAAAUUGAUCCAGCACUCCGUGAUGCUUUUGGUCCAGUAUCCAAUUCAUUCUCCGAACAGAAUGGCCAUUACGACGACCCCUAUGAUCACAUGAACGGACAAGGCAACGACAACGCCCAGGAUCAAGCCAACGCAGAGGAGGCAUAUCAAGGACAAAAUGCUUGGAUGAUGGAUGCACAUUACGAUAUGGAUGAAUACGAUUCUUAUAAUCACCAGAGCGCUGCAAAUUACCCAUCACGCCUGCUUGCUCCAGAAGCGCCAAUGACGGCCCCAGAAGCUCAAAGUCCUGUAGCUGUUUUAGAAGAACCGAUGACUGCUCCUGAAGCCCCAAUGAUGCCAGCCGCGGAAUCAUACCCAGACCCUUCACAUGUUGGUCAGAAUCGGAUGAUGGGUAUUGGUUAUUAUCAACAGGGCAGUGGUGCGGACAGAAUUCUUUUCUACCCCCCAGACUUUGAUGGCGAUCUAAACAAGUCCCCUCAGCCAAAUACUCCAAUAAACAGCAAUAUGGCAUUUUCUGAUCUAAUCCCACAAGAAGCCACGGAUAGUGUCAAGAAGCGGCGACGUGGUCACGACAGUGAUGAAGAUCUUGAAUUUUUUACGUCGAAGAAACAGCGAAAGCUUGCUGUGGCUAGGAAGCUAGCGGAGAACGGGAGAGUACUACCUGUCGAGAAAGCUCAGCCAAAGUUUCCAAAAAGAGAAGUACAACUGAAGGUAUAUACAGAUCUUGGAGAGGAUGCUGUACCUAUUGAAGACGAUGAAGCCGAAACUACAGGAAAAAGGAACGUACAAAGUGGGAUGGGUGUUACCGGGCAGCCGGUUCGUCGUGUUAACAAAGCGAGCGAGAAAAAAUCCACCCCAAGACGAAGUAUGCGAGCUAAGGAUGAUACUGAGGAGGCGACGCCUAUUUCGUCGGUUACUAAACCCAAGCCUCGUCGCAAAUCAGUAUGGCAAGCCAGAAAAGAAGCUUUGGAGAACGGGGAGGAACUCGAGGAGGAGGAAACACCAGAUCCCGCCCCCAGAAAACGUCGUGGUCGUCCCAGAAAGUCUACCGUUUCAUCAGGUGCCAUUGACUUGUCGUCUGGUGGAUCCGAAAAAGAUGUCGAAUCUUCACAAGGAGAAGAUGAUUUCAAUAUGGACGGUUCAUCUGAAAAGCAGCAUAGCAGUGUCCGUCGCGGUCGUGGUCGACCAAAGAAGAAGGUAGUAACGCAAAUAGUGUCUGACGACUCAAGCGACCACGAUAAUGGAGGCGUAGAUUUGGAAGUCGACAAUAUCUUUAGGGAGCCUAUUGAACAUGAAGCAGAAAAUGUCGAGACUGCGCGAAGACUGAGUACUCCUAGAGCUAGUACGCCAGAGGUAAAGGAGGAGCCAAAUAUCUCCUGGCAUGCUUCUCCCGAAAAUCCAGGAAUUCAAAUAGCCAUUCCGAUGAAUGGUUCAUCCCAUGUCGCAUUCACACCUACAAAAAGAGGCAGAGGUCGUCCAAAGAGAGCGCCAUUGCCAGCCCAAUCUCCAACGCCAAGUAGUGACGAAGAGGAAGAGCACGAACCAUCGAGACCAGCCCAAAAGUUCCUGUCCUUGAAGGAGAAAUUAGCUUUGAAAGGCAAAUCUGCCAAGAUUGUCACCCACAAAGGCCGCACCUCAAAUUCGAAGACGCCGGGUUUUGAGAGCAGCAAGAGUACAUCUACCGUUUCUCCACAACUUCUGAGAAGUCCCACGCCAGAUUGUUCUAUGGAAUGGGAGGGCGAGGACGCCAAGAUUGCCUCGCGAUCCACGGAAUCAGCAACAGUAUCUUCAACCACUCCAGCGCCAGUCUCGUCAAAAUAUCGGGAUAUGAUGGGUGAUUAUUCAUCACCUCCGGUGUCACGAACGUCCAAAGUCUCACCUGCGAAGAAAGGACCCACAAUUGUUAGAUUGCAGAGUUCGGAGGCUGAAUCGGAGCCCUAUAUUUCUGAUGAAGAAGAUGAGGUAGAGUCGGAGGUGGAAGAUUCUGCUUCAGACAGCAAUGCUAGUAUCCCCGCUGUUCGAGCCUCGCCGAAGAAGUCCCUUCGUGGUGGUGGCGUGGCACUGCGGGGACGAGGUGGUAUUUUGGGUGGUCGUGGACGUGGAAGACCAAGGGGCAGAGGUCGCGGUAGACCGUCACUUCAUUGAUUCUGAUCUAGGUUGAGACCAGUAUUGAUGCCAACUUUCUUUACCUAUUCCAGUCCUCUCACCUCAUUGAGUUGGUCCUUAAUAGGUGAAUCACUUGUACAAUAAUUAGUGUGUUGAUUUCCGAAGCAUGGUGAUGGUGGUGGGGUUCGAGUUUAGGUGUGGGAUGAAGAAAAAAUAUCGCGUCGUUUUUUUAAGGAGGGGGGGGGGACGGUGUGCUUGUUGAAUCAAUUGAGAUGAGUGUAUGGAGUGGCCAUGAGAAAUAAUAAAUAGCAAUGAGUUGAUCAAUGGGCGGGGCCCUGGCUGGGAAGCGAAUGAUGCUCAGUAGAUAGUAUUUAAUAGGAAAGAGCUUAGUGCGAUUUUUUGUGUGAGUUUUUGUGAGGUGUGAAAUUUUAG